UUAUCUUCCUAGCUCCCUCUACUGGAAUCCUCUUUGGUCUAUUCGUCUCUGUCCGUAGAGGCCGCUGAGCCCGGUCCUGUUGCCUGCUCACCUUGCUUCAGUUCUUGUGCCCGUUCCAGUCCUGCUCCCCGCCAACACACCAGCAAUUAGCAGUUAGCAGUUUCUUGGCCUUCAGGAAACCACGGGAAAUCACAGAGGUGUUGCUGCAGAGCAUCCGGAGGACAUCAGAUUGAAAGCCAGAAUGUAAUUUCUCCAUGAGUGUGAUCCAAUUCCACAAACAUAGCUGGUGGCGAGUGACAAAGUGCCAUAAAGAACUAUCACAGGAGACUCCAUCCGCCCACCUAAGUCACAACAGCCAAGUGCAAACAGCCAUUCAGGGUGCACAGCGGGAGAGGCAGAUGUACCAUUCUCCCUAUUACAACGCCAACAUUUGUGAAGUGGCUGCCUCACCCGGUGGGACCGGAGGCCGCCUGGUCUCCGAUCUGGUCUCCGGAGUCACCGCCGGAGACUCGACGCGCUCCGUCAGGGCCAGGCUGAGCGGCUCCCGGAUCAGACCCGAGCCUCCCAGAGAUCUGGCGGUGAUGGAGAUGAUGGAGGGAGACGUUAUGGACAAGCUGGAGGACAUGUCAUCGGUGUACGACUUCGACCCGAUCACCGGCAACAUCCCCGCCACCAAAGUCGAGAUCACCGUCUCCUGCAGAAAUCUACUGGAUAAAGACACAUUUUCCAAGUCCGAUCCAUUGUGCGUGCUCUAUACGCAAGGUGUUGAAACCAAACAGUGGAGAGAGUUUGGCAGAACAGAGGUGAUAGACAACACCCUAAACCCGGACUUUGUUCGAAAGUACAUCUUGGACUACUUUUUUGAGGAGAAGCAGAGCCUGCGCUUUGACUUGUAUGAUGUGGACUCCAAAAGCCCAGACCUUUCCAAACAUGACUUUUUGGGUCAAAUGUUCUGUACUCUUGGAGAAAUUGUGGGAUCGCCAGCCAGUCGACUGGAGAAACCACUGGGAGGCAUCCCGGGGAAGAAAUGUGGCACCAUCGUUUUGUCUGCAGAGGAGCUGAGCAAUUGUCGAGACAGCGCCACGAUGCAGUUCUGCGCCAACAAGCUGGACAAGAAGGAUUUCUUUGGCAAGUCGGACCCUUUCAUGGUCUUCUACAGAAGCAACGAGGACGGAACGUUUACUAUCUGCCAUAAAACAGAGGUGGUGAAGAACACAUUAAAUCCAGUGUGGCAGCCCUUCACUAUCCCAGUGCGGGCGCUCUGCAAUGGAGACUACGACAGAACAAUCAAGGUGGAGGUGUAUGACUGGGAUAGAGAUGGCAGCCAUGACUUCAUCGGGGACUUUACAACCAGCUACCGAGAGCUAGCUCGCGGGCAGAGCCAGUUCAAUGUGUACGAGGUGAUUAAUACCAAGAAGAAAAUGAAGAAAAAGAAAUAUGUCAAUUCUGGAACAGUGACCCUGCUCUCGUUCUCUGUGGAGUCAGAGUUCACGUUCUUAGAUUACAUCAAAGGAGGGACGCAGAUCAAUUUCACUGUGGCCAUCGAUUUCACAGCAUCUAAUGGUAACCCCUCGCAGUCCACGUCCCUGCACUACAUGAACCCCUACCAGCUCAACGCGUACGCCAUGGCUCUGAAGGCUGUUGGGGAGAUCAUUCAGGACUACGACAGCGACAAGAUGUUCCCCGCUCUGGGCUUUGGAGCCAAACUGCCCCCUGAUGGACGGGUGUCACACGAGUUUCCACUGAAUGGAAACAUAGAGAAUCCAUACUGCAAUGGUAUUGAGGGCAUCUUAGAGGCAUACCACCAGAGUCUGAGGACAGUGCAGCUGUAUGGGCCCACUAACUUCGCUCCAGUGGUGAACCAUGUUGCCAGGUAUGCAGCUGCAGUGCAGGACGGCUCUCAGUACUUUGUGCUCCUCAUCAUCACAGACGGCGUCAUUUCCGACAUGGCCCAGACCAAAGAGGCCAUAGUAAAUGGGGCCAAGCUUCCCAUGUCCAUCAUUAUAGUUGGAGUGGGUCAGGCUGAGUUUGACGCGAUGGUGGAGCUCGAUGGUGAUGACAUCAGGAUCUCGUCCCGGGGGAAACUGGCAGAGAGAGACAUUGUUCAGUUUGUACCCUUCAGAGAUUAUAUGGACCGGACAGGCAACCACGUGCUGAGCAUGGCCCGGCUUGCGAAAGACGUGCUAGCAGAGAUCCCCGACCAGUUCAUCUCUUACAUGAAGAGCCGGGGGAUCAAACCCAACCCAGCACCACCUCCCUACACACCACCUGGACACACACACCACCACACACAGAUCUAAAGCCCUCGCCUUGGCUUUUCACUGACGACUGACAGCAUGCAGCAGCCACUCAGAGUCCAGUGGGAACUCUCUCCCUCCUGUUUCUUGUUGCAAACAGGAGAUGACGCACCAGGAAGUGGAUGUUGAAUUGUGUGCCGUAUCCUCCAAAUGACUAUUGGAGCAGCAUUUUGUUGGUUUUUAAUUUUUGGUUUUCUGUGAUAUAUUUAUUUGGAUGAUUUCUCUUAAAGAGAGGCUGCAAACUUUCCAGGACUUUGUUGGUGAAAGCCUUUUACUCGACUCCGAGGCAGUGACUGUUUCAUGUCUGAUCUGACAGCAGGUUGGUUCAAAAAGGUCAUGUUGUGGUUAAAACUUGUGCCUGUCUGUGGUUGUUUCUCUAGGUGUAUCAGGACACAUGAACUUUGACCUAAGCCUUGCUCGUCAGUCAUCGGUGUGGCCUAUUACAGUGAUAUUUUUUAGACACCUUUUCCCCUCUGGAAUUAGUUUUUAUAUUUGGGGAUUAACUCCCACUAAUGCAUUAGCUCUGAUGGAGGAUCACAGUUUAUUACUUUGAACAUUAAUCAGGCUUUUCAUACCAUGAGGUGUCACAUCUUCUCUUCUUUAUUAGCUAAAUGUUUAUAAGAGCAUGUUGUAUGAGAAUUUAAUUCCCCCUAUCCCAAUAUAUUUAUACUAGAAUGUUAUUCAGAGUGGCAUGGACAUAUGAUAGAUCAGAAAUUGUAUCCAUUUUGAAGUGGUCACAAGUUCUUUUUAAGUGAUUGCAUAUAAAAAGCACAGGACGAACCGUCCUUAUACCAAGUACACAUUUUCACAUGCUAUCAGAUUAAUCAUUUAUUCAUUUUGAGUGCUGCUAUUCAUUGUUUCUAACGAAGGUACCCAAUUUAUUCAUGCAAGUCAAGAAUCUUUGUACUGCAGCUGAGUCCAUAUCCAACACACUGACCCAGGUUUUACGUUUGCGAGCCAUUUGAAUUAGAUUUAAGAAUGACACUCAACUUUUAUUAUCCUGAAUCUUGCCCCGAAAAAUCGCAAACAGCAAAAAGAGAAAAAGAAAAUACAGGCGCACACCACCACACACUUCUAGUGGUACCUGAUGAUGGAGAGGGAUUACUUUUGUAUGAGCCCAUAUUUUUAUUUUAUUUUGUUUUAUUUUAUUUUUGGGGGAAAGUAUGCCAAUUUCUCACUGGCACACAGAAAGCACUCCACUAAAGGAAUACUGGCAGACUGAUUUGUGGAAGAUUUAUUAAUUAAGGUCCAUAUCUAAUUCCGCCCCCCCAGGGCCUAAUAGCUAGUUGAUCCGAGCCCUGAAUAUCCCCAACACACCAGCUCUGCAAUCCAGUGACUCCCAUGUCAGUGCAAAUCUGUAAUCCCCCAGCAGCCAUGCAUCAGCAGCCACAUAACCUCCGUGGUCAUAGACUUCACGCUGUGAGUCAGUACAAUCACAGCCACAGCAUUCCUCCCUGUAGAUUUUUAUUUUACACAGCUCACAGCUCAGUACGUGCUGCUGUGUAUUACAUUUCUCUGCUGGGGGAUGGUUCAGGAGUGGUCUCCAGAGCUUUGGGAUUUUUGUUCACUGCAUUCAGUGCAUUCAGUACAUAAAUAAUUAUUUCAUGUGUUCCCCUUCAAUGCCACAGGGUAAAGAGGAAUCCUUUUCCUCAGUUUAGUGCGGAGAAAGAAAUCCAAACUUUCCUCACAUAGCAAAUCUAAUUUCAGUGAUCAGUAAGUCAUUCCAAUGUUCCCAGGGGUCCUAUGUUUCAAAGGUCUUUUGUUCCUCAGCACUACAAUUAGUAUUUGACCCGAGCAGAAUAGCAGAUUCAAUGUAUGUUAACUUGAUACGGAACUUAAGAACAUAGGGCUCUGGGAACAUAUCAAUUUGGAAAUAUAGGAUGUUGGGAACAUCAAAUUGGAAACAUAGGACAUUGGAAACAUUGAAACAUGGGAACCCUAUCAAUGUAAGAACUGGGGAAAUGUGACUUUUGUAACAUAGGAACUUCAAAAUAUAGGUCCCUGGGAAUAUGAGAAUUAGGAACACUGGACCCUGGGAACAUAAAAACUAGUGAAUAAGGAUGUUGGGAACGUAGGACCCCAGUGACAUAGGAAAUGGGGAACAUAAGACCUUGGAAACAUAGGAUCCUAGGAACAUUUGACCUAGGGAAUAUAGGAAUUUGGAACCAUAGGAUCUGGGGAACAUAAGAACUGUGGAAGAGAGGACUCUGGAAACAUAAGACCGACUGAUCAGGUCGAAAUUUCAAUUUCAAUUUCAAUCCAUCUAAAUUUCCUACCAGCCCCUGCUUACAAGCUAAAGUAAGAUGGUGAACAUAGUUACCUGUUAAACAUCAGAACAUUGGCAUCAUCAUUGUGAGUAUGUUAGCAAUCUUUAAAAAGCUGCUGGCAUUGCUGUAAGACAUAAAGUGCUUCUAAAUUUAACAUCUGCUUUUUCAGGUUUUGUCACUGUGUCACCACCUGUCAAUUCCCCUCUAGUUUUGUUACUAUAGAUUUCCCAGUUUCACUUGGUUUUGCUUAGGUUGAUACCCCGACCUCCAUACGCCACUAAUUGUUGCAGAGAAUAAUCAAACACAGAAAAAACCCUGACACUACGAUGAGUAUAAUAGGCCCUAAAAGGUUUAUUUUCCUUUUAAACUGACAAAAUUAUGCAGAAGCAGAAUUGAUUUGAGCUGAAAAGGUUCUCUUCGUGUCUAAUGUAGCAAACUAAAGGCCUUGAUAAUGUGAAAGGCAGUCACUUCAUCUCAUUGAGUCCUGUUUUGAAAGCAGUUCAGGUGGAUACAUUCAGCUGUAAGGUGGAGGACAUAAUGAGUUAAUGGUCAAAAUGGCAAGCAGCAAUUUGCUUGUAAAUGUUGUCACAGUGUAAGACAGGGGAACAGUUGAUAGUGAUAAGUUAAGAGUUGACUUGCAUAUAGAUCCAACAGCAAUUUGUCAUCAAGAGGACUGCUUAUUGUACAUGUUUGAUAUAUUUUUUGGGAAUACUACUGUUUUAAAGAUAUUUAUUUAUUUUGACAAGCCACAACACAUGUCUGUCUCUGAUUUUCUCUGAUUUUAUUAGUGUGAUGGAUUGACAGCAUGUUUUUCUUGGGGUACAUCAAAGUGUUGACCCACAGUGCCGCCAUGUGUAAAAUAGGAACCAGCCCAACCAGAUUACAUGCAUGUCAGUGCCAAUCAUGGCAGUACGUACUGUGGACUGUUUGCUAUUUCUUCUCUCUCGUGCCUGGUUCUCCAAACAUUUCUCGUCUCCGCCGUGGUUAAAAACUGUAGCUAAUUAGCAUGUUACAGUUAACACUUUUUUUUAAAUAGGUUUUUUUUUUGUCUAAUCCCGCGGUUUCUCUUUGUUGUUUAUAUCUCUGAGUUUUCUGAUUUGCAUGAAUCCCUACUUUCCUUUAACUGGGUUUUUAUUGUACAUGAUUAUUGUCAUAUGGUGGGUUGUGAAAUGCUUUGUAUUGGAUUGCCUUAACUAAAAAUUAAUUAAAAAAUGACUACUUUUAUAAAAGUUAUCAGAGCGUUUGUAAUUUGAUUUCAGUGGUCAGUGUUAUAAAUUGUCAAUUAAAAGACGCAACAAUGUGAUUAACUGAAAAAAAAAAUGGAGUCAUGCUGCUGGUUGCUGAUUAGCUGAGAGGGGUUGAGAGCCAAAUGCUUGAGGGAAAAUUAUGAGUGGGCAAACUCAUAAACAUUCACAUUAUUCAACAUUUUCACAUAAUUCCUAUGAAAAUAAAAAUCAUGUACAUGUUAGUGGUUUUGUCAUAGCACAACAUCUUGUUUAGGACAAGGCAUCAAUUGAUAUGAGGGGUCAAGUACACAUUUAACAGAGCUUGAAUUCAGCCAGUUAUUAUGGAUUGGAUUCCAGUGCCAGGUUUAGUUAGCCACUGAGUCAUUUUGACUUGAACUCAAGUCGACUCAGGUCACUGUUCUACUGACCUGCAACUUGACUUAAAUAAGUGACUGGAGACUCAACAUGAACUUGGAAGUUAAAGACUUGUGAUUUAACUUGAAUCACUGUUUAACAAUGAUGGG